GACCGUGGGUAGCUGUGGCGGGGCUAACCCUUCCGGAGUGCCAAAGCUGGGGUUCUACUUGAGAUUUCCCUCGUGGUGCCAGGGUCCGGCGAGCGUCACGCCGAGGCCCAUUUUCCAGACGACCACGACGAGGCCGGGGUCACGCUACAGUGCAAUGGCGCGAUCUCAGCUCACCGCAACCUCCGCCUCCCGGCUUCAAGGAAUUCUCCUGCCUCAGCCUCCCGAGUAGCUGGGAUUACAGGCAUGCGCCACCACGCCUGGCUAACUUUGUAUUUUUAGUAGAGACCGGGUUUCUCCACAUUGGUCAGGCCAGUCUCGAACUCCCGACCUCAGUGCAUUUUCUGGGAGGCACUGUGCUUGACAGUAGGAAGACGAUGCUGAGAUGCAGUCCCUGGCUGUGGAGUAACUUGAGCGUCUUGGGGGUGUAGUCUGUAAAUGAACUCUGGCGCCCCUUACCAGCUUCCAGUCUCUCGAGGUGGCCAGUGUGGUGCUUGGUCCUUGUUUCCAGGAUGGACUUCCCCGGCUCCCUCCGCCCUGCGUUGUUUCUGACCGGCCCCCUUGGUCUGAGCGACGUCCCUGACGUCUCUUUCAUGUGCAGCUGGCAAGACGCGCUGACUCUGCCAGAGGCCCAGCCCCAGAACUCAGAGAAUGGGGCACUGCAUGUGACCAAGGACCUGCUGUGGGAGCCGGCAACCCCUGGGCCUCUCCCCAUGCUGCCUCCCCUCAUCGAUCCCUGGGACCCUGGCCUGACUGCCCGGGACCUGCUUUUCCGCGGAGGGUACCGGUAUCGGAAGCGGCCCCGAGUCGUGCUGGAUGUUACUGAGCAGAUCAGCCGGUUCCUCUGGGAUCAUGGAGACGUAGCCUUUGCGCCCCUGGGGAAGCUGAUGCUGGAGAAUUUCAAGCUGGAGGGAGCAGGGAGCCGCACUAAGAAGAAGACAGUGGUCAGUGUGAAGAAGUUGCUCCAGGACCUCGGUGGACACCAGCCCUGGGGGUGUCCCUGGGCUUACCUCAGCAACCGACAGCGCCGCUUCUCUAUCCUCGGGGGCCCCAUCCUGGGCACGUCGGUGGCGAGCCACUUGGCAGAGCUGCUGCAUGAGGAGCUGGUGCUGCGGUGGGAGCAGCUGCUUCUGGAUGAGGCCUGCACUGGAGGCGCGCUGGCCUGGGUUCCUGGAAGGACACCCCAGUUCGGGCAGCUGGUCUACCCUGCUGGAGGCGCCCUGGACAGGCUGCAUUUCCAAGAGGUCGUUCUGACCCCAGGUGACAAUCCCCAAUUCCUUGGGAAACCUGGACGCAUCCAGCUCCAGGGACCUGUCCGGCAGGUGGUGACAUGCACCGUCCAGGGAGAAAGUAAGGCCCUUAUAUACACUUUCCUCCCUCACUGGCUGACCUGCUACCUGACCCCUGACCCUUUCCAUCCCUCCUCAGCUCUGCUGGCCGUCCGCUCUGACUACCACUGUGCCGUGUGGAAGUUUGGUAAACAGUGGCAGCCAACCCUUCUGCAGGCAAUGCAGGUGGAGAAAGGGGCCACAGGGAUCAGCCUCAGCCCUCACCUGCCCGGGGAGCUGGCCAUCUGCAGCCGCUCAGGAGCCGUCUGCCUGUGGAGCCCUGAGGAUGGGCUGCAGCAAAUCUACAAGGACCCUGAGACCCUCGUGUUCCGGGACUCCUCUUCGUGGCGUUGGGCAGACUUCACUGCACACCCUCGGGUGCUGACCGUGGGUGACCGCACCGGAGUGAAGAUGCUCGACACUCAGGGCCCGCCGGGCUGUGGUCUGUUGCUUUUUCGUUUGGGGGCAGAGGCUUCGUGCCAGAAAGGGGAACGUGUCCUGCUUACCCAGUACCUGGGGCACUCCAGCCCCAAAUGCCUCCCCCCUACUCUUCAUCUCAUCUGUACCCAGUUCUCUCUCUACCUAGUGGACGAGCGCCUUCCCCUGGUGCCGAUGCUGAAGUGGAACCAUGGCCUCCCCUCCCCGCUCCUGCUGGCCCGACUGCUGCCUCCGCCCCGGCCCAGCUGCGUGCAGCCCCUGCUCCUUGGAGGCCAGGGUGGGCAGCUGCAGCUGCUGCACCUGGCAGGAGAAGGGGCGUCGGUGCCCCGCCUGGCAGGCCCCCCCCAGUCUCUUCCUUCCAGGACCGACUCCCUCCCUGCAUUUCCUCUGCUGGAGCCUAAGAUCCAGUGGCGGCUGCAGGAGCGCCUGAAAGCACCGACCAUAGGUCUGGCUGCCGUCGUCCCGCCCUUGCCCUCAGCGCCCACACCAGGCCUGGUGCUCUUCCAGCUCUCGGCGGCGGGAGAUGUCUUCUAUCAGCAGCUCCGCCCCCAGGUGGACUCCAGCCUCCGCAGAGAUGCUGGGCCUCCUGGCGACACCCAACCUGACUGCCGUGCCCCCACAGCUUCCUGGACCUCCCAGGACACUGCCGGCUGCAGCCAGUGGCUGAAGGCCCUGCUAAAAGUGCCCCUGGCUCCUCCUGUGUGGACAGCACCCACCUUCACCCACCACCAGAUGCUGGGCAGCACAGAGCUGCGGAGGGAGGAAGAGGAAGGGCAGCGGCUGGGUGUGCUCCGCAAGGCCAUGGCCCGAGGGCGGCUCCUGCUGCAGAGAGACCUAGGCUCCCUCCCUGCGGCAGAGCCACCCCCUGCACCCGAGUCAGGCCUAGAGGACAAGCUCAGUGAGCGCCUGGGGGAAGCCUGGGCAGGCCGAGGGGCUGCCUGGUGGGAGAGGCAGCAGGGCAGGACCUCAGAGCCCGGGAGACAGACCAGGGGGCCCAAGCGCCGGACCCAGCUGUCCAGCAGCUUUUCGCUCAGUGGCCAUGUGGAUCCCUCAGAGGACACCAGCCCCCCUCAUAGCCCUGAGUGGCCACCUGCUGAUGCUCUGCCCCUGCCCCCCGUGACCCCGCCCUCCCAGGAGUUGACUCCGGAUGCAUGCGCCCAGGGCAUCCCAUCAGAGCAGCGGCAGAUGCUCCGUGACUACAUGGUCAAGCUACCACCCCAGAGGGACACCCCAGGCUGUGCCGCCACACACGCCCACUCCCAGGCCUCCAGCGUCCGGGCCACUCGCUCCCAGCAGCACACACCCGUCCUAUCUGGCUCUCAGCCGCUCCGGAAGAAACCUCGAAUGGGCUUCUGAGGACACAAGGUGGGCUGCCCUCAAGCCCCAGAGAGCCCCUCAUCCUUCCUCCGGGACCAGAUGUGCCUUCCACAGUUGAAACUUGAGAAGCAGAGCUCGCCACCUUCUGGAGUCCACUGUGAUAAUGAGCCAAGCAAUUUGGAGCCAAGUUGAAGGGACAGGGCAGCAAAAUACAGUAGUAGUUUCUUUUGUAUUUUGUAUAUUCGCCUGAAGAUCAUCCCGCAAGGCAGGUUGGAGGUGCCGGUGGGCCUGUGUUGCUGGGAUUUUAGUCUGUGCUGGGAGGCAGGGCUCCACUGCGCCUCAGCUGUGGGGGCCUCAGGCAGGUCCCUCAGUUCUCACGCCUUCCUGUCCGGUGAAAUGGGGGCCAGUAGUGCUGGCUCCUCGUGUUUGGUGAGGGUGGAGUGAGGCCCCUGCAGAGCUGCUGAUGAGGUGGGCACAGCAGCCGUUGGCAGCUGCUGUUUUGGGUUGCUUUGUCAAUCUCUGCCCCGGUCUGAUGUUUUCUACAGGGAGAUGCCUUGGAUCCAGGUUCAGGGAUUAAAUAAACUUGUCAGCUGAAGAUGAA